AACUGAUCGACGAAUCGUAUUAUUAAUCCUCCUGGCGCUGACACCCCGACCGCCACUUGGCAAACAACAGCCGAUACUGCAUCAACUUGAAACCGAAUUAUCACAACGCGAAUCGAUUGCUCGUAUUGCUGGAGGCAACGACAUCGACAUCGCAAUCAUGAGGCGGCAUGCGGCCAUUGAAGCGUGCGAGGAAUUGCUGGAUAAACCCGAGACGCUCGAAAACGAACGUCGAUUGACAAUCUUCGGGACCAGCGGCGGGCGCCGCCCCGGGACGUGUUAAAUUCGUCCACGGGCUUUAUUUAUAUGUGUAAGCUGUCAGUACGUGAUUCCCGUCGUGGUGGCUCCUCUUUCAGUUUGGGCUAUCCGAGCCUGAAUAAUCACUUCCACAUCUGCAGGCACGGAACAUACAGAUCGCACAAAUAGGAAAUAUGAAAAUGGAUUUUCCGCGUAUACACUUGGACUCCAGUUUCAGCGACGAGUUAAAUGUUCGAAUUCGUUGCUUGUCACUUGCAGUCCUUGCAUGUAGCUGCAAGGGUGGGCGAUUCCUAUCAACAAUCUAACUUUGGAUUGUGAUUUCCGGAAGCAAGCAACAUAAUUUUGCUGCAAUUUUUUCACGUUGGUCAGACUCUACCUACUCUCUGGAUGGGCGAAAUGAUGCGUGAAAUUGUCGGAAUUCAUUUUUCCUUACACUCCACUUUCCACAAUCGAGGAAAUCGAUACUGGCCGCCUUCGACUGUCCAUUUCUUUGAUCGACUAUUUCCAUUUCCAGAGACUGUUACUUUGCUACAUUUUUCGCAUGUUGAACUGUUGGGUUUAGCGUUUCUGUUUGAUGUCGUGUGGAAUUCACGCUUAAAUUCAAUAUAAACGUCGGUCGUAUUUCCUCUGUACUGCAUCUGCGGCAUACCAACGAGCCUCGUCUAUUUGCGACAUAUUUCAAGCUGCUCGUUGCGAAUUGCGAGGACGUGCGGCGCCCAAAUCGCGAUGACCCCACUAAAAGCUGGUUUUCAGCAUUUUAGCAGCGAUACAGCCAGUUUCAAUUCACGAAUGCGCCCGCGCCACACGAAAAUAGAAAAAGCGAGAAUUUUCGGGUCGUUUGUUUUCGCGCCACGACAAAGUGAAAACAAAUACGCAUAGUUUGGCUUAGUUAAUAAUAAUCGGCGAAUGCGAUAAAACGGAGAAAACGCGCAGCAUGGCAUACACAACGUCUCGUGAAAGCACGUUUAUCAAAUCACGGCGUCGGGUUCAUUUCGCGCAAUAAUUUGUCUGUAUUGAGACUCGUCGUUGUCGUUCUCUCUGGUUUUGUUUAUUCAACUCCAAAUCGCACCAACGCAAGGUGCAUAUCACAUUCACGGGCGUCCGUUGCCCGCCGCGCAGCACAUUCUAUUAUUCCAAUUAAACUUGUUUGAAUAAGAACUCAUUUAAUAUACAGUUGGAUAACACCACAUUAAAAUGCAAGCGUUGAAACACCGCAUCGCAACACAUUUACACCCAAACAUAAUGCCGAACCGUCUGAAGCCGCGCAGAAGCUCCCGAAAAUACUCAAGUGAUGAAUCCGCGGUGGGACAGAUGUGUGAGGAGCUGGAGGUGCCGCAAGCUUCCGAAGUAGUCUUCAGGAAGAUGUGGCACAUACGCCGGUAUUCGAAAUCAAUCGGAAGGAAUGAUACGAUCGAUAGUCCAGUCUUUCGUUGUUCGGUUAAUGGGCUGACAACCACAUGGAACAUGGCGAUACGCUUCUGGAAAGGUCCGAAUGGGAAAAAAGUGCGCAAUCCGGUAGUUGUCUGCUUGAAUCUAACAGGAUGUGACAUUGAGGAGACCGAGCAGGGUCAAGCACGCAUUCGCUUUCAGUUUGGUGUGUGGGAUGCCAACAUCAAACAUUGGGAGUGUUGUUCAAUCUCUAACGUGGUCUUAAAUCUCCAGAACACUCAGGAACUGCUUUCGGUUGGCUAUAAAAAUCUAGAGAUACUCUCUAGGCACAUCGAUGCUGCCAAGGAUGUAACGAUAAUGGUCAAAAUACAAAUAGUGCAGGCUGAGGAAGAGAGACACAGUCUGAGCCAGGACCUGGCGCGCAUUUUCACAAAGACCAAUCCAGAGUACAUGGACACUAUGGUAGAAUGUGGCCCAGAUUCCGAAAUCGCCGUAGUUAGUAAAACUUCAGAGGCCAAAGAGGAGCCGCACAUCGAACUGAACAAAAUCCACGUCAACAGUCUGAUCAUCAAAGCGAGGAGUCCGAUGCUCGCCGUCAUGCUGAUGCCACAUGCCGACGAAAACAAUCAGUAUUUGAAAUUCCGGCUGGACCUCAAGGAAAUCAAUUACGGCCUGCUCGUUGAGUUGUUCCGCUACAUGUACACCGACAAGGUCGACUCAAUCGAAGCCCUAGCCAAUAAACUACUUCCCCUCUCGGUGAAGUUCUGCAUGCCGGGACUGCAGGCGCUAUGCGAACGCUCUCUCAUGGAGUCCAUAACGCCAACCAACGUCGCCAACAUCCUUCUGCUGGCCGAUCAAUGCAAAUGCGAGAAUUUGCGCAAAGCGGCGUUACACUACUGUGAGGACUCCGAAGCCAUCAAAGAAAACGUCGUCGUUGGGAAAAAUCUCGCAUGGCGAGUGAUGGAGAUGUUCAACCCGGACCUAUUCCUCGAGGCGUGCGAGAGUAUCGGAAGUUCAUCGAGCAACCUCGACAGCCCAUCUACCACAGGCUCGUUUAGCGACUUCUAAGGACACUGCAAUUAUUACAGGAGACGCCUACACCGGGUCCGCUUACAUUAGUCGCAGCAUUAUGUCACAGAUAUUUUUAAUGUAUGAAUCGUAAUGGCGGUUACAUUCUUUUACAAUACUUUUACUUCACUAUUUUCUACUAAAUAUUAUUGCGAUUGCGACACAACGAUGAAUGCAAAAUACAGUUAAAUUACGAUUAUUUUUCAAAUACAAUUACAUGUAAACGGAUACAUAAUAAGCACAAUCUUAAUAAAUUCGUUCGGUUACUUA